UAGAAAUUGAUGCAGAUGAAAAUGGAUGCUGACAGGAAAACAAGGAAGUAAUCAAAUUUUGUCGCGACAUCCUUUUAAAUAUGUCGUUUCUGAAUAUAAGUCAAAAAUUUGAAAAGGUUAUGGGCAAGGAAGUGGAGUUACUUGAAGCAGCUCGAACGGGUAACCUGCAAACGGUAGAGAAAAUUCUUUCUUCAGGCAAGGGGAGAAAAUCACAUCAUGUUGGUGGUGCACUUGGACAGAAAUUAAGCAGCUUUUUGAAAUCAGUCAAUGUGAAUUACACAGACAAAAAUGGUUACACAGCUCUACAUCAUGCUGCAGUCAAUGGAUUUAGGGAUGUUGUUGAAGUGUUGUUAAAAGCAGAUGCACAACCGGGUCAUCUUGACAACCAGGGUUGCACGCCAGUCCACCUGGCAGCUUGGAACGGUGAUGCUGAGAUUGUAAUGCAGUUAUUGACAGCUGAAACUGACAGUGAAGAUGCGAAUCCUGUCAAUGUAAAUCAGCAGAAUGGCACAGGUGACACAGCUCUGCACUGUGCUGCACAGUAUGGGCAUGUGGCGGUGGUUGACGUCCUUUUACAGAAAACUGCAAACCCAACGAUACGGAAUCUGAAUGAGGCUUCUCCACUUGAUUUGGCUUCGCAGUAUGGUCGACUAGAGGUUGUGCAGCGAUUGUUGAUUUCCCACCCGGAGUUAGCUCGUCAUCCGUCAAGUACACAGUCACCAUUACAUCUUGCAUCGCGGAAUGGUCACAGAGAUAUUGUCGCCGUACUGCUGGAUAAUAAUUUUGAUAUUCAGACAAUGACUGAAACAGGCAAUGCUCUACAUGAGGCAGCCCUGCACGGGAAACUGGAUGUUGUGAAAUUGUUACUAGAACGGGGUAUAGAUGUUAACCAGAGAGACUACAAGGGUCAGACAGUGCUGGAACUUCUAAGUGCUCAUCAGGCACAGCAGAAAUCAUUUACAGAAAUAACAAGAGCUAUACAAGAACACAUGAAACAGUCCGGUAGUGGUCAGGCAGAUUUAUAUGAAAGUCUUUCAAGUUGUCGAAGUGGCAGUGAUAAACCUACAGCUGCUGUCAAACCACUCCCACCUGAGAAGCCAAGCCCAUCUGAUAGGCCCCGCCCUCCUGACAAGCCACACCCAACAGGCUCUGAUGAGGAGAGCACACCAGAGAGACCGGUUCCCACCCCAAGACUUUCUGUAUACCAAGUAUCUCCAGAUGGGGAACCAGAGAGAAUUUCAACAGUACCAAUGUAUUCUAAACCAAAUAAAGAGAAACUGGAUAUGGACAGGGCAGUCAGUUCAGCAAGUUCAACAGCAGACGAUGCACCACCUCCUUUACCACCAAGGACUUCCAUAUUUGCAUCUGAAGAAAGACAUUCCCCACAACUAAUAGUUUCAGAACCAAGUGUUCCAAGUAUCCCUGAGACAACACCGCCUUCGUCUAAAGCUAACAUUCAAAAACCAAAGAAACCACCAAGACAGAAAAGAUCUCCAGCCCCAGUACGUAAAUCCCCACCCACCACUCAAGACCCAGUUUCCACCUCAAGUUCCACCCCUGAAAAAACAGAUACUAACAUUCCAGAUCUAAAUGUUAACAUUCCUCCUGCACAAACUGUGCACAAUGACUCAGCAGAUUGUGAAAACACUUCCCAGCAUUCCAUGCAAGAUGUAAACCAAUCACAUUCCACCACGUCUGGAACUGACCAAUCAGAUUGUAGCAUAUCACAUUCCACACAUACAAGUCCUCCUGUAAAAAGCCCAAGACCAAAGACAGCAGUUACCAAAGAAGAUAAUUCUGUUGAUACCCAGACUGGUAGACCUUUAAGUCAAGGAUUUUACAUGGAAAUGUCAAAAGUGAACCAGUCUGGCCAGUCUACAAGACCAGUUUCAGAAGUCAAACCUCAAGUAAAGGUCAGCAAUAAUUCUGCAAGUAUUCAGCUACAGGCACCUUCUCAACAAGGGGUAGAUAACUAUGGAAUUCUCUUUCCAAAUUUGAAGAAGUCUUCACCAAAAUCAAAACCGGAAUUUCGCAGAAUGAACACAGCUCCCUGUGUAAUGGAAGACGUUUAUGUAAAGCCUCAUCCCAAAUCCCCUACAGAACAAUUUAAAGAAAAACAAGGCCUUUUACAAAGAGCCAACACUGCUCCUGAAGAAUCAACAUAUUUACCUAUGAAUAACACAACAGAAGGGGAUGAUGGCAAAGAUGAAACAUUGAAAGAAAAUGAAUAUUCCGAAAUUCCGGAAAAGGAUGGAUCUCUCUCACCUUCUUCACCAAAGGAAAAUGUCUAUGCAACGAUAACAGAAACUGAUCCGACUGCACAGGGAACGACACUGGAAGUGGAUACUAAUGAGUACUCCCAAAUUAAAGACCUCUCUCCGACACCAUCUCCAAGACGUAGUAGAGAAACACAAGAGGAAAAGAGAGAUGAUGGAAAAGAAAACAUUGAAGAAGAAAAGAAUGUUGAAGAAACAGUAAAGGAUAGCAGAGAUAAAAGAAAAGAAAACAGUGAUGAUAGAGAAGCAGAAGAGGAAAUAAAGGACAGUGGAGAAACACAAGAAGGAAACGUACAAAAAGGUUCACCAAAGCCAACACACCUUGACUUCCUGAAGAGCAAGCCGGGUACGCCUCUGACCCCUACCGGCUACCCCCAGCCUCCGACCCCAGAUUUCCCCCCACCCUCUCCAGCCACUGCCAUGCUGGGCAUUGAAAUGAAGAUUCAACAAAUUAAACAGGAGUAUUAUCACCUGAUGGACAGCAAGAGAAAGUCUCGAGAUAUCACUACACUUACAGAUGACACUCUAGGGUGUAUUCAAGAACAAAGGUCAGAGGUCAAGUCUGCAGAAGAAAAUUCAAAGGUCAAGGUCACAGAGACAGUUCCAGAGGUCAAGGUAACUGCAGAAGAAAAUUCAAAGGUCAAGGUCACAGAGACAGUUUCAGAGGUCAAGGUAACUGCAGAGGUCAAAGACACUGGUGUGAAGCCAGAGUUUGGUGAAAUUAUUGAAGAAAGUGAAUCAAAAGUGAACAAAGUUUCUAGUGAUUCUGAUACUAAAACAUCAGAAAUUACAGAUGUACAGGUGACUCCUAAUAUUAAUACAAAAGCAGAGUUAACUGAAAAAGAAUCGGAUACUAAAUUGGACAUAAGUGAAGAGUCAAAUUCUGUGAUAAAGUCAGAAACCAAAGACAUUCCAAAGUCUUCCAUUCCUGAAACUGUGAUAGAGACUGAAAAACACACCAUGUCAAAGAACAAACCGCCUGUUCCAAAGAAACCAGACCUAAAGCCAAGAAGUGUCAAGAUCAAAGAUCAGGAGGAUAAUGCAAAAAAUAGCGCUGGUGAAGGAGGGGGAUCUCCUGUUGUGAUGAGAAGGAAAACAAGUACACCGGACAUGGAUGUCUUUAAAGGUCUGUUAAGAGGCUCUACAAUCGGCAAUCCAUGUAAGGAACGUUCCAAAUUUUACAAUGAGGUCCUACGGCACAGUCAAGCCAGAAAUCAAGAACCACCACCCCUAAAACCAGCCAUGGAUAAAGAAGAAGAUAUAGAUAUUGAUCAGGUGAUGGAAUCGAUUGAUGCAGAAGUGGUGAAGCGGGCUUCAGCCACAGAAUCUACAACUUUCGAUGAUUCCGAGGAGUGGGAAAAGAUAGCAGAUAUAAUGUCAAGUUUUGGUGGAAACUUGACCUCAUUCACUUCGCCAUCUCAUACCCAGAGCGAAGAAGAAUUUAACGUGGCCUUUGAGGCAUAUAUGGACUCGCUCCUGACUAAAAGAGAACGAGGUUCUGGACAGAUGAUCAGCAUAGGAGAGUGGUUGGAAUCUUUAGCAUUGGGACACUAUGAGAAUGCCUUUGUUGCCAAUGGUUACGACAACAUCGAUUUCCUGGAUUCUAAUAUCUUAGAAGAGCAGGACCUGGAACAGAUAGGUGUGUUGACUCACGGACAUAGACAAAAAAUACUGCAAGCUACAAAAAAUCUACCUCUCCUCAAACCUAUAGACCCAGAGGACCUUCCUCCUUCAGUUGAAGAAUGGUUGAUGUCCUUACAGCUUCCAGAUUACCUGGAAACAUUUACGUCUCAUGGUUACGAUACAAUGGAAAAAGUUCAGAGUAUCCUUUGGGAACUGCAGCUAAGAACGGUGCUAGAUAUUUCCACAUUGGGCCAUAGAAAGAGGAUCCUAGCCUCCCUGGGAGAGAGGAAACCCAUAGAUAGACACACUCCAACACAGAAGAAGAGAAGUUUAAGUUCUUUGAGUCCAGAAGACCGGUCGCCAUUUAAUAACAUAGACUUGUUCAAAGACUACACUAACGUUAAACCAGUCUCUUCGUCAGAAGAAGAUAUCAAAGAGUCUUCACAGAUGGCUAUCGACAGCAGUGAAGAUGAUGAUGUGUUCAAGAAAAAAACAACUGGUCAGUCAAUACGGAACAGUAAUAUACAUGUACGGCCUCCACACAUGGCACAGACAUCGAGCCCUGCCAAACAAUGGAGACAUAAACCAGAGAUGUUAAUAAAGGGAUGUUGCAAUUACACGGCACAGUACCUGGGAUCAACAGUUGUGCCUGAACUUACUGCUGGAACAGAAUCAACGAGAGCUGGGAUCACAAAAUUAAAGAAAUCUACAGAUAUAUUAGCCAAGAUUCCAGUGAUAAUGUUGUCGAUAUCCUAUAAAGGGGUCAAAUUUAUAGAUGCUAAAUCAAAGAAAGUGAUCUGUGAUCAUGAAAUAGGGAACAUUUUCUGUGCAUGUCAGGACACAGACAAUCUCAACUUCUUUGCUUACAUUACACGUGAUAUAGAAACAGGACAGCAUUACUGCCAUGUGUUCAGUGUGAAAAGCUCGAGUUUAGCACAUGACAUUAUCCUGACACUGGGCGAGUCAUUUGAGGUGGCAUACCAGAUGGCAUUAAAGGAGAAGUCGAACGAAGAAGCAAUGGAACUGGACCACAAAAUGAGUCAGAGUGACGCAGAAGACACAUAUAGCACUGUAUCCAAAAUGUCGACAAAUACUGUAUAGCAUCUGGUGUUCAGCAAUGUAUUAUAUGGGAAGAUGGCACUUUUAGAUGUAUACUUACACUCGCAUAAAUAAUGGAUACCCAGAAAUUGGUGCCGAAAAUUUGAUAUAUAUACAUACAAAGACAUUUUUGCUGAAAUGGGUGCCGAAAAUCUAGGGUAUAUACAUACAAAGCCAUACCUAUUGGAUGCCCUGAAAUUGGUGCAAGCAAUCUUUAAGUGUACAAAGUCAUAUUGGAUAUGCUGAAAUUUGUGCUAAAAAUCUGAUGUAUGUACAUUCAAAGAUACUGGAUACCCUGAAACUUGUGCUGAAAAUCAGGUGUAUAUAUGCAAGAAAUAUUAGAUGUGUCAACACACAGGAAAAAAAAAAGAGAUACACAUAAUGGAUAUAAACACAGAAACUUUAUGGGUAACCUCAUAUUAGCACUAACUGUGUAAUGCAUUGGAACCAAAUCUUGGAUCACUUCAUUGUGUAUCAAAUCCUCGUGCAAGGCAUUGGGCACCAAAUAAUAGUGCACUACAUGGGAUUUUAAUUCUUGUGUACUGCAUUAAUGAACAAAUUCUGUUGCAUUUGAGAUCAAAUGCUGUUUUCUGUCUGUAAAACAGAGGGAUCUAAAAUCACAGAGAAGACUUUUCAUAGUAUUCAGCAUAUAUGCCUUUAUAAUGUAAAACUACUUUAAGUAAAUGAUAAUUACACUUUGCAAGCGAUUGAAGGCACAAAGAAAGAAAAAACUUUUCCACUAACAGAAAAUUCAAGAUAAAUACUAGCUAUUAUGGCCUUAAUAUGUUUAUAAGUAAAAUCUGCCCCAGCUGCAAAAUAAAGAAAUAAAAUUGAUACAGUUUGAGAUGACUUUAAGAAAAACAGAAUAAAAAAGUUCUGGAAAAAGUCAAAAGCAAACACUGUUUGGAUCAUUAUGCACCAAGGAUUAUUCUCUUAGUAAUAAGUACAUGCCUUAAUUGAAUAAUUUAAUAAAUAACAUGUAUUAAUUUAGCUCUUUCCUUUUAUUAAAUCGGUACAAAUUGCUGGGAGAGACUGCCUUAAAUUCAAGUCCUUAGCUGAGUUCAUAUCUGCACAUGCUUCAUUCAAAGUAUAUCAGAAAAUUAAUGCAAUUGCAGGUAUACCUGAUAGAUUUGUGUAGGUCUCCAGAAUUUGUAAACCCUUUUGUACUAGUGAAAUAAAUUUGAAUACAAAGAACCCACACCCACACACACACUCACACCCACACAACAAAAACCCAAUGCACAGUUUUGCAAACAAUUUUUGUUCAUACUUAUCCUAAUUUUCAGAUAGUCAUGUUGAAAACAUGAUUAUCUCCUUAUAUAUAAAUAUUUUGUUAUUUUCCAAUUAAUGCCAAUAAUUUUGUAAUAUUAACAGUUUCGUUAAACAAAAUCGAAGAGAGGAUUUUGUCCGCUUAAGUCUAAUUUAGUAGUCUGGUACUGGUUUGGCAUAUUAUCAUAUUUUAAGUAUAUUAACUAUCUGGCAGUGUUUGAAAACUUGGCCAGAAUUUUUCUUUGAAUCUUCCCUAAGAUUUGUGUAUAAAGUUUAAGGAUUUUAUAUAAAAGUACAAUUUCCAAAAUACGAUGGAAUUUGUGCUAAGGCUGGUUAAAGAUAUAAAUAUAUGUCUUUCAUUUGUUAAUUUAAUUGUUAUUGGCAUUUAUUAAACGCAUUUUUGUACAUUUUUGGUAAACUAUAGAUAUAUAUUCCAUUUUAUAUGAAGAAUUUUAGUUUGAAAUGUUUGUUUAUGUGGGCAAAGUACAGACAUUUCAAAAUAUUCCUUGUGUGCAAAAUAUAGACAUUAAAAAAUUUUGUAAAUGUUUUCAGAUGUGUUUUUCAUGUAAAAAAAAUGUGUCCUUAACUAGAAUACAAUUGAAUAUCAGUUAUUAUGACAAUAUUCCUAAUAUUCAUAUAAUUAUCUGUAAAGGCAAAGUAAGUUUUAUUUUGAGUCUUAACUUGGAUUGUAUUUGAGUUUUAUUAUGCAAUUCUUAAUAAAAUAACAAACUUUUAAGUUUGAUUUUUUACCCACUUUUCCAUAGCAGUAGGUACAUUUCCAAAUAACAAAAUUGAUAGGAAAUUGAUUAUUUUUUAUCAGUUGAAUUUAUAACAAAAAUAGGAAACACACAAUAUUUUGCUUUAUAUAAAACUAAUAUUCAUAUUUGUUAACAUCUGAUUUUAGUGAUACUUUAUGAAAUUGGAAGAAAAAUACUCUGUUCUUUCUUUUUCAAAGUAUGAUUUUUUCCCCAGGCUUUUUGCCUUCGUUCUUUUUCUUUCCUUUUAAAAAAAGGUAACUGUAAAUUUGUUUCUUAAGCAUCUCGCUGUUUUGAUUGUUUUCAAAGUCAGAAUUAUUUUGUCGGUAUCAUUUGCAACGAAUGGUUUCAACCAUUUGUAUCAAGUUAGCUUAGAGAUUUAUUUUUGCAUUGGGCUGAAAAAUAUCAAAAGUUAAACAGAAAUUUUGUUUUCAGGUUUUUUGUUUGGUUAUUUUUCAUGGAAUAUAAUUAUGGUAGACUACUGGUGAUAUUCCUCUACAGGCAAAUUGUUUUAUUAUUUUUUAUUUGUUUAAUACAUGAAUAAGUUUCUUAUUUUCUUGAUAAAGAGAUUGUGCUAAUAAAGUCUUGAUUCUUUUUUACUGUGUAGUGUACAUUCCUUAUUUAGCAACCAAGUUGCAGUUUAGUUUUAGUUCAUUUGUAUAGUUUGAAUAAGUGCUGUAAAUUUUAUGUAAAAAGCCAUUUUGUACAUUAUGCAACACAGUAUAUACCAUUAUGAUUCUAGAUUAAGAUAUAUCAAGAGGUAAGAAAAACCUAAUUGAGCUGUGCCAUGAGAAAACCAGCAUAGUGGGUUUGCGACCAGCAUGCAUCCGCGCAGUCUGAUCAGGAUCCAUGCUGUUUGCUUUCAAAGCCUAUUGCAAUUAGAGAAACCGUUAGCGAACAGCAUGGAUCCUGACCAGACUGCGCGGAUGCGCAGGCUGGUCUGGAUCCAUGCUGGUCGCAAAGCCACUAUGUUGGUUUUCCCAUGGCACGGCUCAUAUUUAAGCAAGCAUAUUGCAGAUUUUUAUAUGACUCGAUAUAUAAAUGUUGGUCCAUGGUUCUUCACAGAAUUGCUGGGCAAAAGUGAAAACUAGAAACAUUUAUUUUGUGUCAUGUAUUACUGAAUGACUUUUCGGUCAAUAGUCAAAACCUGUUGUUUUGACUAUCGACUAGUAAGUCAUUCAGUAAGUGUACUCAGAUUGGGCCUGGAUAUAGAACAUUUUUUUUUUAAUAAAGAAUAAAGUGUUUAAAAUUUUGAGAUUGAAAAAUGGGUACACAUUAAUUUUAAAUUGCUUAGUAAUGUAUACAUACAAAAAGUAAUUUCCAUCCAAGAGAUGAUUGUUUUUUUCAUAGUAUGUGAAAUUGUUUUGAUAAUCAUGAAUAUAUAUCAUGCUGUGUGAUAAAAUUAUGAAGUAAAUUUUGCCAUUUAAUAUUAAUUUGUUAUUCAGCCAGCUGGAAUUUAUCAUAAACUUUUUGAAAGGCUACAGGAUCCAAAAAAUUAUCCAUUGUUAUCAAAAUGAAUACAGUAAAAUUGCCAAUUUUUGUGAGUGAUUUUUUUUUUUUUGCUAUAUUCACCAACUGAUUAAAUGUUCAGAAAAUAAGUUGUUAUUUUGUAAAUACAAAUAGUUGUUCACUUUCCGCAAGUUGGCUAUAUAUAUUAAAUACUCUGUCACACCAAUUUUCUCAAUUUUCCAGUUUAUAAAAGUGCGAAUUAUAGCCUCACAGAAAUAUCUGAAUUUAAAAAAAAAAUCUCUAAAAUCUCAUCUAAAAUGUUCGCUAAACCAUUGAGUACCAACAAAAAGGGUGAACUAACUGAAAUAAAUUUGUAUGACUGCCCAAUUUUGUUUUUACAUGUUGAAUAAUAAAGUAACAGUCAAAUUUACUUUGCUUUUUUUGUAACUGCUAAAAAGGUGUAGGUGCUUUUUGGUUCAGCUUUAGCCUAUAUUGAUAAUUUGCUCAACAUGUACCCACCAAAAGCAAAGUAGCUUUUGCAAUUAUUUUUGCAACUUUUUUUUUAUAGACUACAAUGAAAUGUAUGGAUUUGAUUUGAAAGAAGGUAUUCAGUAAAAUGCAAUGAUCUGUUAUGUUGUUAAUGUUUGUUGUUGUUGUUGCUGUUACGUAUAUUUUACGUGUCAAAGUAUCAGUAUAUGUUUAAAAUUCAAAGUGCUUUUUCAAAAUAAAGUUCCUAAUUUUGUUCAAAAUGAAAGAAGGUUUAUAAAAGCUCGUGAAUGGAAUGGACAAAUGCUAAUCUGAGAUGGUAUGGCUGUGAAGGUGGCAGUUUGUAAUGUGUUUCUGUACAUGUUUUGUCAGAUAAUUUCUUUAUUUAUUCUUUCUUAUUUCUGUCUGAAACAAAAACAAUUUAUAAGCAUAUUUUACAACAGCCAUUAGAUAAAGAAUAUAAAUCGAAUUUGUAAGAAACUCCCAAACGAAACAGAAAGCACUGAACCCUUGUCUUGAAGUUUUCAGCAAUUUAACAUACUGAAAGUCAAAUGGGUUCAGUUAACAUAACGACAAGUCGGGGGAAAAAUCAAAGAUAGAACCUAAUACACGUUAUCUAAAUUGAACUUUGUACAUUGUUUUCAAUGAAAAUAUAAAGUUAUUUCACUUAUAAAUUUACCAAAGUUGUUUUAUUUCACUUCACUACAUAGAUAUAUUGGUAAUUGUUUUUCAUUUGAUUGAAACAAAUCUGGCAUUGUUACGAAAUAGUCACUGUGUAUAUCGAUGAAGAAAUCAUUGUGUAUAUCAGUGAAGAAGUCAUUGUGUAUAUAAGUGAAGAGAUAUUUUUUUGAUAUCAUUGUAUAUCUCAGAGAAGAAAUCACUGUAUAUAAUCAGUGAAGAAGUCUUAAUUUAGGCAUAAAAAUUAUCAGUUCCUUUGGUUUUUUGUUCAGAUGUUUUAACAUUUCAGUUGUAUUUAGUGUAAGAUUAUUCAUUGAUGAGAAACAUAUUUAAAGUCGGUGAAAAAUUUUCCUCUUAAAUAUAGAAAGUGUAAUGCUAUUUAUCUAUUUAAAUGAUGGCACAAAGCAAAAAUCUGCUAUCUACCUUCUGUGUUUAUAUGUAGUUACCACAUUUUAACAAGUGUUCUGUUCUCAUGUGUUAGAGAGAUACUGUAAAAGUGUUAUAUAUAUUUUAUAGUUAUAGAUCUAGCACUUUAUAGUGUUGUGUAAAUGAUAAUUGUUAAUGUAUAUAGCUCCACUGGAGGUAACUAAUAAAUAAAUUAUGAUACAUA